AUGGCGGUAGAAACAUCCUGGUCAGAUGAUGAAUUUGAUGAUAAUACAAGGGGAACUGGUGUGUUCUAUCCAUAUUUGGGGCUAACUGACAGGGUUGAUGAAGAAAGCAAUCAUGUCCCCAUUGAUCCAAUCCUCCCUGAUGAUCUUCAGGAACGAAUAAUAGCCUCUCUCCCAUUAGAGUGCAUUUUAAAAGCAUGCUGUGUUUGUAAAAAGUGGAAUGAGAUUGUGCACUCAAAAAGAUUUAUGUUGAACAUCUCAAGUGUCUUAUCACAGAAACCCUGGUACUUCAUGUUUACCAGCUCUGAUGAACCCGUUGGAUAUUUCUAUGACCCUUUGUUGCGUAAAUGGUACAGCUCCGAACUCCCUUGUAAUGUAAAGCACAACUGCUAUAUUGCUUCAUCUUCUGGUUUAGUGUGCUUCAUGGAUAAUUAUAGCAGGAAUGAGCUAUAUGUUUGUAACCCGCUUGCUAGGAACUACAAGAAAGUGGAACCUUUGGGUGACCGAUUCUUUGAUUACAGAGCUCUUGCGUUUUCAGUGGACUGGCUAUCACACAGUUAUACUCUUGCUAUUGUAGGAUCGGAACAAAUCUCUGGGGAUGAAUGGGAUAUUUCGAUUCACAUUUAUAAUUCAAACAAAAUGGUAUGGCAAUCUCCUGCUGCGAAAACUUUUACCAGGUGGAGAGCAGGAUAUGAUAGUGUAAUCUGUGAUGGGGUUUUGUAUGCCCUGUUUUAUUAUACUGGAACGGAUGAGACUGAGGAUCGCCAUGCCUUGUUGACUUAUAAUAUUUGUAGCCCAUCUUACGAGGAUAUAUCAGUUGCUACUAAAAUUCCAGUUCCUUGCUUUGUCACUUGUGGACGGCUGAUGAACCUCUCUGACAAGCUUGUAAUGGUGGGAGGUAUAGGGAGACAAGAUCGUCCAGGCAUAAUAAAGGGAAUUGGCAUUUGGGUUCUUAGAGGGAUGGAAUUGGAAGAGGUAUCCCGAAUGCCUCAUAAGUUUUUUCAAGGAUUUGGAGAGAUAGAUGAUGUGUUUGCAAGCAGUGGUGCUGGUGAUCUUAUAUACAUACAGAGCUAUGGAGCAACAGCCCUUCUUGAGUUUGAUAUGACCUUGAAACAAUGGGAUUGGUCACAUAAAUGUCCUGUGACUAAGAAGUUCCCCCUUCAGCUUUUCUCAGGUUUUUGCUUCCAACCGCGGCUUGAAGUUUCACCCUAA